AUGAAAAAAAAACAUCUCGUCGUCGAUGAUAUCGAAAACGAUCAUUCGGCCGUCGCUCAUCCUCCUCCUCCUCCUCCCCCACUACCGCCACAACCUUUGCCGUUGACUUUAAAUUCGUAUCAAGACGUUUUUAGAAAAAUCCCUAGGUAUUUCAAUUACAAACCAUUUUCGCAAAAAUCUUUCAGCACCGUGUAUUAUCGACCUCAAGACACGUUCGAAUCCAAAUUAUCAAACGACGUUCAAUUGGUUUUGCCUCACAAUCACAAAUUCAACAGCGAACUCAAAUACGUCGUACCUCAACCUCCGGAAACCUCAUUGAAACCUUUUCCCCUCUCGACCAAUCCGUACAAUCAAUAUUGUGCCGUGUAUAAGGUUUCGUUUCGUCAAGACGUUUAUAAUCAGUAUGUUCAGUAUAAAACUCGAAUGCCCGAUUUAAAAGAAUUCACCAUUUGCAUGUGGUUUAAAUUAUUCGAAAAAAGCAGAGAUCAUUCAUUGUUUUCUUACUCAGGAAAAGUUCAUAGAACUGAUAUUUACAUGUGGGUUUCGAAUAAUGCCGAACCGGGUAUUUUCAAUUUGAAAAUUAUGGGACAAACCGUUUUUAGAUUAAAUUACCCAUUCAAAUUGUUCAAGUGGUACCAUACUUGUCAGUCGUGGAACGGACAUACCGGAGAGUGGCAAUUGGUAGGAUAUAAAAUUCCAGGUAAAGGAGUUGCAAUAUCCGGUCAAAAACACGUCAAUUUCGGUAAAGAAUUCCAUCAAAUUCCACACGUGUUCCAAGGAUUGGAAGGACUCCAAGGAGAGAUAGCCAUGUUGCAAAUGUACAAAGUCGCUCUCUCUCCCGGAAAAGCUUACAACGAUCACACUCAUCAUCACAGUCAUUAUGCCAGCACUACGCCGGUACCACCGGAAGCACCGCCGGAAGAAAUGCCGCCGACGACGAGUCACCCGCUUUUAGAAAACGGACAACUUAAAACUCACGUCAACAUAUUAGAAUUGAUAAAAACAAUUAAGGAAAAUGGAAAUUUGGACAUAGUCGACGAUUCCAAUCGGGAAAAUCCUCCUCCCCAAAUUAUUUAUCCUCAAUACGAAGCUGCUCCGCUGUCGCCGGUUCUGAAUCAGGGAAACCUCGUCACUUUUAACGUUUUACCAGAGCACAUUGCGAUCGCAGAGCACUCAGUUUUCAAACGACACGACGGUAACGGAGAAAACGGAACAUUGAAUUCAAAUGAAAAAAAGCAUCGAGUUAAAGAACCGGAAAGAAAAUCGUCGGAGGGAGAAGGAGGAGAAGAGCUCGACGGUUCCCCCCACUCGAAAACAAAAAAUUUAAAAGUUUUAAACAAAGUUUUAUCGCGAGAGGUAAGAGUUGAUAAAGUUAAAUAUUCAAAAUCGGAUGAUGGAUUAGAAAGUGAGAAAACAAGAAAUGAGACUACAACUCCUGCGGCUACGAUAAGGAGUCGACGAAGGCAAAUUGAAACGAAGAAAUCGUUAGAAAAUUCAAAAGAAGAAGAAGAAGAACCGCAAACAACCACAAAUUGGGGAUUGAGAAAAAGUUCAAGAGUUAAACGUGAUAAUUAUAAAAAAUCAUUUGUUUUCCCAUCGGACGAUUCGCGGGACGAAUCGAAAAAUGUAAAGAAAGGCGAAAGACAAGUUGAAAAGUUACCCGAAGAACAAGAAGAAGGAGGACGAGGAAAGAAAAAAGAACCGGUCAAAAGAUAUUUACUACUCGGGGAUCAUUAUUCGAACGAUGGUACUGCGAAAGUCAUUAAAACCCACUACGAAUCACCUCAGAUACCACAAUUCGUAUACAACGUUGAAUUUCAACCGGGUACCGAUUUCUCAUCAUCCGGCGAAGAAGUCGGAAUAGAAGGAGACAUCACCGAUACGGACAACGACAACGACAACAUCGACAAUCAUUACGGACAACACGAUCCUCACACUUUAAACACUCAAUCCCAUAAGGAAAGUGAAUUCGAACAAGCGAGAACGGAAGUUAAAAAAAUAUUAUCCAUGUGUUCGGGUUGUCAUUCGGAUCCGUUCGGUAAAGUUUCCGUAAUUUCGUGGAAAUCGACACCAAAAAAACUUUUCUCCGGUGCAUCUUUAUUAAAAGCUCAAUUACCAUGUGAAAAUUUUUAG